UUCUGCAUUAGCACCACCGGCAAGAUGGCGCCGGGAAGUAGUUUGUAAGAACACGAUCCCUCCAGAAAUCGCCAUGAAAGGAAAAGAGCGUUCACCGGCCAAGGCCAAGCGGUCCCGGGCGGCGGAGGAAGCCAUCAGAGACCGCGGCAGCAAGAAACUCGGCUCGGCCGUCGGCAGUAACGGCAGCAGCGCCACAGCCAAGGCCUCGGAGAGCAGCGGGGGCCGCCGCGGCCUUCACCUGGACAAGGGCCUGUCCGGCGGCCGAGAGUACGAGCCGCCCCCCGGGAGAGCCGGCCAGGGCCUGCACAGCUAUGGCUCCCCGGGGGCCAGCAGCGGGAGCGGCAGCAGCGGCGGCAAAGGCGGCGGGGAGAGCCGGGCGGGCGGCCGCGGGGCGGAGAGCCGGGCCGAGGCCGAGUACAAGUCCCUGCGGAUCAGCGAGCUGGGCUCCUCUCUGAGCGACGAGGCGGUGGAGGACGGCCUCUUCCACGAGUUCAAGAAGUUCGGCGACGUCAGCGUCAAGAUCUCCCGCGCGGGGGACGAGCGCGUGGCCCUGGUCAACUUCAGGCGCACGGAGGACGCCCGGGCCGCCAAGCACGCCCGCGGCCGGCUGGUGCUUUACGACAGGCCGCUGAAGAUCGAGGCCGUGUACCUGAGCGGGGGCGGCGGCGGCGGUAACAGGAGGCGCAGCCGCUCCCCCGGGGUGAAGGAGCCCUACUCCGCCAUUCCUAGCACCGUGCCGGCCCAGCGGCACCCGCCCGGCCAGCGAGGCCUCUCCCCUGCCGGCCUGGGAUACAGAGACUACCGGCUGCAGCAGCUCGCCCUGGGCCGUCUACCUCCUCCCCCUCCCCCACUGGCCAGAGACCUGGAUAGAGACAGAGACUACGGUGUGUAUGAGAACCGAGUGCGGCCUAGCUACCCGCUGGAGCCCCGCCUGAGCUUCAGGGAGGAGGUGAUCCCCCCAGAGGAUGACAAGAGGGCCAACAGGACUCUGUUUUUGGGCAACCUGGAUGUCACCGUCACAGAGAACGACCUGCGUAGAGCCUUUCAACGCUUUGGGACAAUAACAGAAGUGGAUAUAAAGAGGGCUGGCCGAGGGCAAGCGUCUACCUAUGGCUUUCUCAAAUUUGAAAACUUGGAUAUGGCUCACCGGGCCAAGAUGGCCAUGUCUGGGAAACUGAUCUUGCGUAAUACGGUAAAGAUUGGCUAUGGCAAACCAACGCCAACCAACCGCUUGUGGGUGGGCGGGCUGGGGCACUGGGUUCCAAUGACUGCUCUUGCAAGGGAAUUUGACAGGUUUGGCACCAUCAGAUAUAUUGACUACCACAAAGGGGACAGCUGGGCUUAUAUACAGUAUGAAAGCCUGGAUGCUGCUCAAGCUGCAUGUACCCAAAUGAGAGGAUUUCCUUUAGGAGGGGAGCACAGAAGGCUUCGAGUCGAUUUUGCUGACACAGAAAUCCGUUAUCAUCACCACUACCUUCAACCGUUAUCACUACCCCAUUAUGACUUGGUUGGGGAUUCAUUUGGACACAGGGCUCAAGAUGCUCUUAGACCUGCAAAUCGCACACCCCCUGUCUUAUACAGAGACAGGGAAAGAGAACUAUAUACAGACAAUGAGUGGGCACCGCCAUCUGUCCGAGACAGGAACCGAACUACAUAUGAUGCUCUGGAAACAAUUGACCGUCGGGUUGAUGGUUGGUCUGUGGACCGAGAUCGUGAAAGAGAUAUUGUAAACAGAGAUCAGCCCAGGAAAAGGAGGCUAAUUGACGAAAGUCGUCAUCUAGAUAGGUCUCCAGAGAGUGAUCGGUCCAGAAAAAGACACUGUGCUACUCCAGAGCAUACUCCUGAUGACACUGGAGGACGUGAUAGCCGGUACAGUGAAACUGAUAGACCAACAAAUCGAACUGACCGUCCUUCCCCAUCCAGAGAAAGAAGGGGAAGUCUUGAAAGAAAUCAAGUAGACAGGCGUGACAUAAAGAACUCUGUUGAAAGAGACAGGAAGCACAGAAACCUGGAAAUUAAAAGUCCUUUAAAAAAGGAUGAGCCAAGUAAAAAAAUUAAAUCUCCUCAAAAACAAGAUGUUCCACAGAAACUGUGCUUGGCAUGGCAAGGUAUGCUGCUUCUGAAAAAUAGUAAUUUUCCGUCCAACAUGCAUCUACUACAAGGAAAUCUUGGUGUUGCAACUAGUCUGCUUGUUGAAGGAACUUCUGGUGGAAAAGUAGCCCAGUUAAAGAUUACGCAACGACUGCGCCUCGACCAGCCCAAGCUGGAUGAAGUUACUCGACGCAUCAAAGUGGCAGGUCCUAAUGGCUUUGCUAUCCUGCUUGCUGUUCCUGGUUCCUUUGAGGAUAGUUCUCUUGGAGAUCAAGCCAGCUCAACUCAACGACCUCUGAGGAACCUUGUAUCCUAUUUAAAGCAAAAGCAGGCUGCUGGUGUCAUAAGCCUUCCUGUAGGGGGUAAUAAAGACAAAGAUCACACUGGCGUUCUACAUGCUUUCCCACCUUGUGAAUUUUCCCAACAGUUUUUGGAUUCAUCAGCAAGAACCCUUGCUAAAUCAGAGGAAGACUACCUUAUUAUGGUUAUAGUGCGUGGGGCAUCCUAAUUCAAUGUUCGUACCUACCAUGUUCACAAGGUAUUAUGGGAUACAGUAUAAUCUUAGUUUUGUUAUUGGUAUUCCAGUCUAUGUACUGAAGUUUGUAUCCUGUUAAGAAAAUCAUAUAUAGUCUUAUACUGGUUAGGUAUCAGUUAUGUACUUCAGUCAACAUUUUCCUGUCUGCUAGUUGUAGCCUUAAUACAUGCUUUGAUCUAAUGGCAAAUUUGUAUGGAUAUGUAGAAU